AUGCGAGACGCGUUAACGAAACAUCCAGUGAAGGGAACAACCGCCGCCGUGAGUGUUGUUAACGAGUCAAAAAAUACCCUGUCCGUACACAAAAUAGAGCAAUUUAGUAGCUUCCACAAUUUUAGAUAUGAAUCUUCUGGUUUAAGAGUUUGGAAAUGUUAUGGUAUCGGUAAAGGGAAGCAGAUUCCAUACGACGACAUAUAUAUCAAGCAUCAAGCUCCGACAAUGCUUUCGAUCCCGGAAUCUCAAGGGUUCUAUGAUCAUCCUGAGAAGCGCGAAAUCAAGCAUCGCCCAGAAGAAUGCAAGAAAAAGGAAAAUCCAGCGCAAUUGUUCGAAUGCUCUGUACAUGGGUGCCUUGAAGCCUUCGACACCUUUGAGCAACUUGAGUUACACCUGGAUGUCGGCCAGCACAAUUUCAGCAAGCUGAAGCAGUUUGACGCAAUCAGAAGGGAUUGGGCACUAAAAUUUGCAUCUGUAGAUAUUGGGUAUUCCAAGACAUGCUCGUCAAAUUUUACGAAGCUGCAAACCUCUGAGGUGAACGCCACUGUCAGUUCAUCUUUACAACAAGGAUGGGCCUUGAGCAAGCCUAGGAGCAACAUUAGAUUUUCAAAAAAGGUUAAAGAGUACCUCACAGCACGGUUCACACUUGGUGAAAGAACUGGACGGAAGGCAGACCCUACCCAAGUUGCAUCGGGGAUGCGAACUGCGAAAAAUGAAUCAAAUGAACGUCUAUUCAGUAGAAACGAGUGGCUAACAAAGACUCAAGUUCAGGGCUUUUUCUCGCGGCUAGCAGUAAAGUGUCGCAAAGGUCAGGGAGUGAUUGACCUGUCGGAUAAACAGGAUGAAGAUGUCGAGUGCUUGCAGGAACAUUCUAACAGGCAAGACCUAGUAGACUUGGUAAACGGUGAAAUCAACGUGUCGCAUCCCAUCUGCUACGAUACGUAUGAUCUGUGCGAACGAUACCUCAGCAACACGCUUAAAGAGUUCAAUGUAUCCAUGCUGAAAACCAUUUGUGGCUAUUUUGAAAUCCCUGUCAAAUCGAGAGAUAAGAAGCAAGUUCUUAUAGACAAACUAUCAGAUAUGAUUCAGGAAUGUGAGUGUGUUUCUCCCUAGCAUUCUAUCGCCUG